UCCUGACUCCGACUUUGAAACGCUUGGCUGGUGUUCACAUUCAGAUUUUGAGUCACCUUUAAACGCGAUAUCACUUGCUGUACGCUUCUCUGCAGCACCCAGUGUAAAAACGAUGCACGCCCUUCCACGAAGUGGCGUCAUGCGUCGCGAUCUUUAUUCAUCGUGGUCGCGGCGUCCAGCGUACGACACAGCUGGUAGCGAAGCGUACAUUACUACACCUGUUCCUUCCACUGUCUAUUUUUAAAUACAAUAGUUAUUAGAGUUCACGACAUUAAUUAAUUAAAGAAAAAUGAGUGAAGUAACGCCCUUUAUACAAAUAAUUGAACAAUACCCGUGUUUAUAUAAUCAUACAUUACCAGAAUAUUCAAAGAAAGAUAUUACAGAAAAGGCGUGGAAAGAAGUGGCGAUAGAAAUGGAAUGGACUGUUGUCGAAUGUAAAGAAAAAUGGAAGAACAUUCGAAACGCAUUUGUACGAAGCUUGAAAGCAAUACCAAGCGGAUCCCGUGCCAAACAAAAAAAACCAUACUAUUUGCACGAUAUUAUGCAAUUUUUGUUACCAUUUGUAAAACCUGUGAUUCACGCUCAAGAUUCCGGAAAUCAUCCGCCUCUUUCGGUUACCGAAACAUCUCAAGAAGUAAAAGAACAAGAUGAAACGGGGACGGAGAUAGAUGUAAUGGAAGAACCGUUUCUUUUAACUCUUAAAGAAGAUCCGGAGUCACGAAGAUACAGAAAAAGACUAAAACCGUACGCGAAUGAAAUCGAUAAAUUGUUUGUAGAGUAUUUGCAACAAAAAGCAAAGAAUUCUUUGACGGAUGAUCAUCGAAAAAUGUUUUUGAUCAGUUUGCUUCCCGAUGUUAAUAAACUUUCGGACACCGAGAUGCGGGAAUUUAAAUUGAAAGUUUUAACGUUGUUGGAUGAAAUUCUAUCGCGAUCAAAACACGAACAUGACGUAUAAAUGCCAGUUAAAAAUUUUCAUAAUUUUUUAUCAACGUUUUCUGUUCUUUCAUCAAUUUCACAUAAUAGUACCAUCUAC